AUGAAACCAAAAACAACUACUUCAACCACUACAACUAUAUCUGGUAUUCGAACAAGUGGAGGUAAGAUUACUAAAAAACAAAGUUCAGCAAGAAUAACAAAUGUUAGUAGUGGUGGUAGUGGUGAUUGUGGUGAUGAUGAUGAUGACGAUGAUAACAACAACAAUAAUAAUAACAAUAACAACAAUAAUAGCAACAAUAAAAAUAAUAAUAAUGACAAUAAUAAUAAUGAUCAAGUUGAAAUGGAUGUUCAUGAUCCAAAUUAUGAAGAGGAGUAUGAAUAUGAAAUGGAAGGAACAUCAUCACAACAACCCGAAGAUUGGAUUAUUUCAGCUGAAGCUUCACAUCAAUCAAUAACAAAUACCUCCACCACCUUUGGUAGUUCAAUGAAUUCAAAAAAAUCUGGGAAUCUAGAGCUUAAGAUUGUUUGUCCAAAUAUAAAAUCAACUUCAACAACCUCAGCUUCAUUAUUUAAUAACAGUAUUACAAUUGACCCAGAUUAUAAAAUCAAAUUAGUUGAUUUUGUAAAACAGUCUAUUCAAUUGAAAUUGGAUGAACAACUUUAUACAAUUAGACAACCAACAACAUAUCUAUUCUCUACCUACUCGAAUGGUGAGAUAACACUUCUCGACUUAUCAAAUAAUCAGUUGGAGAGAAUCAAGAAUAUUGAUUACAAAUUUGAAGGAACCUCACAAUCUACAGUUUGUAUUGGUGAAAAUUUCAAUCUGGUCCAUCACAAGGUAUCAGAAGAAGAGAGCUAUAUUAUGCAAUGUGUUCAUUUGAAAUCCGACCCAACUUCCAGACAUUAUAGAUAUUCAAUUAGUAAAGAUUGUUGGGAUCCAUUGGUCGAUGUAAAUAAUGAUCAAAUCUGUGGAUCAGCCAUAUCUAUUAGUUCUUUCUUUUCUUUAUCUUUACCCUACUCUUCAUACGUUUUGAUGUGCAAAAGAUGUCUGUUAAAUCACUGCAAAACAUUCAAAGAUCAUAUCGAUAAAUGUGAUUAUAUCACUGAUAUCAAACAAUCAUUCAACCAGUUAUUAAAUAAUAAUAAUAAUAAUGAUCAUGAUAAUUGCACAGACCCUAUAUCCACUGAUAUUAACAAUAGUAAUAAUAAUAGUGAUGAUGAUGAAGCCAAUACAAACUUUAUUAUAAAUAGAAUUAAUGACUUAUGGUCAAACAUUAAACAAUCAGUAUCAGAUAUCAAAUCUUUAGAAGCAAUAGAGAAUCAGAUAACUAGUCAUUUCCAAGAGAUCUAUGAUUUCUUGAUGUCAGAAGAAUAUAGAUUGAAAUCAGCUGUAGUCAAUGAUAAGGAUGCUAUUCACAACCAACUUCAAGAUAGUAUCAAAGAAUUAAACCAUUUAUCAGGAAUAAUCAAAUUCUGUAAUAAUCAAAACAAUAUUAAUAGUAGUAGUAAUAUUAGUCUAUCAGAGAAUAAUGAUAGAAAUACAGACAUAGUUUCCGAUGAUAAUAUCUCUUCAGUAAUCAACACUGAUAGUCAGAUCGAAUUAAUAGAACAAACAGAAUCAUUGACAGAGUAUAUAGUUGAGAAUCACAAAUCUUUAGAUAUUGGUAAUAGUAAUAACAAUUCAGAUGAAAAACUAUUAUAUUUAUUAUCUAAAUAUCUUAAUAGUUUUAAAUCAACAACAACAUCGUCAUUAUUUAAUCACAGUAUUUCAAUUGACCCAGAUUAUAAAAUCAAAUUAGUUGAUUUUUUAAAACAAUCUAUUCAAUUGAAAUUGGAUGAACAACUUUAUACAAUUAGACAACCAACAACAUAUCUAUUCUCUACCUAUGCAAGUGGUGAGAUAACACUUCUCGACUUAUCAAAUAAUCAGUUGGAGGCAUUCAAGGAUGAGGAUUACAAAUUUGAUGGAACAUCAAAAUCUACAGUUAGAGUUGGUGAAUAUGUUUACAUAUUUGGAGGUCGCAAUCCAAAAAAGUAUUGUGUAUUCUCGAUUCGAUCCAGAGCAAUCAUUUAUGGAGAUAUAGAUCUCGAUUGCAAUAACGAACUAAUUGCUGUUUAUGAUGGCAAAUCAUUCAUCUAUUUGGUCAGUGGAAAAACAUCUCACUCUGGUGAAAGAGUAAUUCGAUUCGACAUCAAUAAAGAACAGUUUGAGUAUUCAAUUCUCCAUCCAUUUACGAAUACAAUAAUCUCAUACUUUGACCGUGAAGAGCUUAUUUUUAUUACAAUAGGUGACAAAGAUAAUACUUUUAGUGUAUCACCAAAGACUGGUGUAGGCAGGAAAUAUUCUCAAUCACUCGAUUUUAAGAAUACAGAAGUCAGCAUAGGUACAAAUAGCGUUGGAUAUAUAUAUUAUUUACAAGGUGGAUAUUUAUACAGAAAACAUGGCUCAAAAGCAAGUCAGUUUCUUACACGUUUUCAGUUAGAAACCAAUAUGUUCAAUCUGAUCUAUCACGAGGUAUCAGAAAGCGAGAGCUAUAUCUAUGCAAUGUGUUCAUUUCAAGUCCGACCCAACACUUUUAGACAUUUUAGAUAUACAUUUGCUAAAGGAUGGGAUCCAUUGGUCGACGUAGAAUAUGAUAAUAUUUGUGGAUCUUGUUUAAUAGAAUUUUAA